GUAACGGCUUUGUCUCGGAGUUGCCAACCGGAUGCAUGACUACCAGCUCCAAGGAGCUGGACCCUUCGGAGGGAAGUUUGGUGCGAGGGCUGAUGCCCCAGCACAUAACGUCGCCCCAACAUCACCACAGCACCCACCAUUCCUCGCCCACGAUGCCCAUGCACUCCACCACGUCUCAAAGUAGCAACCACCACGAAGACAAGGCAUCCUCUGCCUCGGGGAUUCACAGUUCGACCAACAGCAAAGCGUCCACGCCGAGCGCACCGUCGACUCCAACGACAGGGACCGAUGGUUCCGUGGUUUCCGGUAGCAAUGGUACCACGUCCUCAAAGACCCUGUGCAAACCCCCCUACAGUUACGUGGCCCUCAUCGCCAUGGCCAUCCAGAACAGCGUCCACAAACGGGCUACUUUAAGUGAAAUAUACACCUACAUUACCACCAAAUUCCCCUAUUUCGAGAAGAACAAGAAAGGCUGGCAGAACUCCAUUCGCCACAAUCUCUCGUUGAACGAGUGCUUCGUUAAAGUCCCUCGAGAUGGAGGAGGAGAAAGAAAAGGGAAUUUCUGGAUCCUCGAUGGGAACUACGACGACAUGUUCGAAAAUGGGAACUACAGAAGACGCAAACGGAUGAAGCGGCCGUACAGAAGCGCACCAUACCAUAAGUCACUUUACAGCGACACUUUCCCAACGCAUUUACAUUUCAGCUCUGCAAAAACUAUUUUCGCAGCGCAUUCGCCGCCAUCGUACCCCGCUUACUCUAGAUACGAUCCUAGUGCAUGGAAUAUUCAACAGCAGCAAUUAGCUUACAGCCCAUGUCAACCGCUGCAACCGCAACCUAUGCAACCCAUGCAAAUCCCGACCAUGAACGGAUAUGGCCAGCUUAGUACUCUAACGUUUCAAGGCAAUUACCUGGAUGUUCCAGGGACUACUGGUUCGCCAGGUGCGAUGAGCGGCGGCUCUUUCGGCACUAGCUUCUCGACUUGCGGAAGGAGUCACGAUGUAGCAAUGUCGGCUGACAUGAUGCCAACGAGGUGUCCCUCGUACUAUCCUGAAGUAAGCGUAAAAGAAGAACCAGGGACCCCGACGGUGACCACUGGUGGCGUCGGGACGAUGGGAAUCGGCGGCGCCAUGAUGGGUCCGUCGAUAGCUGCGAGUGUAGCUUCAACCGGCUACACGACCGUUGAUUUCCAAACGCAAAUUCGUCGCAGAUAAAUCCCAGACGAAAUUCCAAGACGAGAACAGAACAGAACGAGAAACCAGCCACUGACCAUCGAGGAAAGCGGAUCUUCAACUGGCAUCGCUGGGUCUAUCGGACGUUCAACUGCACUAGAAAAGCAACUAUUUCUUGCCUCUUUGGUCUAGACUGGGUCUAAAUUCUUCCGAAACGAGUCUUUGCGAUCGCUCUGGCCGAUCGGUUUUCGUACACGGCAAAAACAUUCGUGUUCUUUCUCGUAGAUGGAUAAAGGACGGAAGAGGUUAAGAACGAGCUAAAUGGCCGAGUCGCGACGACUCGCAUUUUACGAUUAAACGUUUUCUCGGUCGCAGUAUUCUGCUGCCAAUUGUUGCGAAAGACCUCUCGUGAUGGCGGGAUGUCUUCGAGGUGAAAUCUUGGCGAAAGCGAUUUUCUGCACGCCACGCUGGAGCGUGCGUACGCGAUAGCGUGGGUGCGUAGUACGACGAUAGGAGCUCUGUAUGAUCCUGUACAUUAGAAUACUUCGUUAGGAAUAAGCCUCGACAAGAGUGAGAAAAAUCGACAAAAUAGUAUUCGAGUAAAGCGCAGUUGAUGAUAAAUAGCAGGAGACGUAGAAAAGAACGAACUACGACUUAACAAUUGGUUUUCAACCGGGAACUGUCAUCGUUUUAAAAUCGAGUCAUUGUACGUUUGAUAGACGCUUUGCGUAAACUAAGAUAGAUAUACCCACAGCGCUGAUAGAGUACUAUUUUGAAUUAUGUUUACAGAACAUGACACAACGUGCGCGUGGAGGUGGUUAUUUAUCAUUUAGAAUAGCUCACUUACCUAGCUCUUGUAAUUAGUUCGGCCAAUUAUAUCGUCGAAAAUGCACGCAGGAGCGUUAGGUCGUGAGGAAAAUAAGAAUGUUCAGCGCGCACAAUGCUAUAUUUCUUUUUACGUUCUUUCGGCUCGAGCUUCUUCCUUGAUCUUUGUCACGCGAGAUUGCGAUUCGACGAAGGUAAUCGCGUAGCUCGCGCAAUGCCACCGUCACGAUAACGAUAAGGGUAUCGAAUGCAUUCAUUGAUGAAUUAAUAGUUGAUUAAUAAAUCUCCGUUAUUUAUCGUCGGCUAAUCGUCUCGUUAUUACUCCUACCACGCGACACAUGAGCAGCGGCCGUGUUGCUUAUCCAUAUAUUUUGCACUUAAUUCCUGUAACUUGUCAUUGUUAUAAAUCGAUCGUGUUGUUUCUUCCGAA